AAUGGCUAAACCUUAAGGAGCAGGAUCUAUAUGGAACCCAAAUAGUUGGCAUUGGGAAGAAAAGAAUUAUACUACUAUUGCAAAACAAUUAAUUGAAUAGAAAAUUAAUUCAGUCAAGGUUUAAUCAGGAGAUGUCACAUUAACUAAUAUAGAAAUUAAAUCAAUAAGUGGAGAUGUAUUUAUUUAUUUACUAAAUUAGGCUUAAGUAAAUAUUCGAAAAGGAAAAUAAGUUCUAGUCUAUGAUUUCGAUAUAGAAGUAGAAUGGAGAGGUAAUUGACUUAAAAUACAAUAUUAAAGGCUAAAAUGAAAAUGAUGAAGCAGAAGGAACUUAUAAAAUUAAAGAUUUAAAUUCUUUAGAUAAUGAUUUUGAAUUGAUUCAUAUCAACAGCAAGUCCAAAACAAAAAUUUCUGAUAAAUGUAAGGACUUAGUUAAGAGAGAUAUGCGCUAAAAAUUAAAAGAAUGUUUCUAAACUUUAAUGUAAGAAAUAGGUCAAUUUGAAUCAGAUCCUGAAAAAUUGUAAAUUAUUAUAAAUAAUUUGUAGAAAGAAAGAUCAAGAAGCCAGGAAAUAUGUUGAGGAAUAAAUUAAAUUAGCUAAAGAAUAAAAUGGAGAAUAGAAGGAACGUAUAUUUUAAGAAUAAAAACUUAAAGAAAUGAAGAUGAAAUAAGAAUUUCAAUAAAUUACGUCAUGA